GUGGAUUUGGUUGGCUUGUGGGUCCAUUCGUGUCUGGUUGGUGUCAGAGGGAAAUCUACUGACCAACAGUAAAGACCAUGGCUAUUGAACCUACCCUUGCGGCUUUGGCCAAGAAGACGAACUGCGAAAAGCAAAUCUGCCGCGUGUGCUACGCGCGCCUUCCCCCUCGCGCCACCAACUGCCGCAAGAAGAAGUGCGGUCACUCGAACCAAUUGCGCAUCAAGAAGAAGAUCAAGUAGACUCGUGUGUCCGUACUACUCCAUGCGCCGUUCUUGCGAAAGGUGUGCGUUGGCAUCAGCAGUGCGUGGUUCGCGGCGCGUUGGCCGAGACGCCGUGUAUGUAUUCUAACCCGCUGCUUGCGUGUAGCAAUAUAAACCGACUCUUGAAUAAACACGGGAACCACCCUGAGACCCUUCCCUCAACCUAUCGACCCACAGUCACCUAUCUUUUCUGUUUGAGCAGGGACUAUUACGUUGUGCUCAGAUUAGGCAGGAACAGGUACGAAAGAGCGCCAAGGGUCCAGCUCGUGGAAGAGGCUCGGGGAGCGUCUGCAUGCUGCUGCACUUCCC